UCGCCAGCCGGCUGCAGGGGCCAGUGGCAGGAGCUACGCGCACCGCCAGCCGCGGGGGGCGUGGGAUGGGGGAGGCAGAAGGAGGCGGGCGCCCGCACUGAUUAGAGGCAACGGCACACUUCAAAAGGGUGUCGGGGCUGCGCUCCCCUCCGGCGCCCCCGGAACUUCAAAGCUGCCCGCGGUGACCCGGCCACCUCGUUGCGCUCCGGAGCCUCGCAGCCCCGGCGCGCCCGCCUAGUGGCCAUGACCCGGGCGCUCCGCUCCGCGCUUCACCAGACUCUCCUGCUGCUCGCCGCGGCAGCCGUGCUCUCUGCAGGAUUGAAGUGUGUGUGUCUUUUGUGUGAUUCUUCAAACUUUACCUGCCAUACGGAAGGAGCAUGUUGGGCUUCAGUCAUGCUAACCAACGGAAAAGAACAGGUGAUCAAGUCUUGUGUCUCUCUCCCAGAAUUAAAUGCUCAAGUCUUCUGUCAUAGUUCCAACAAUGUUACCAAAACUGAAUGCUGCUUCACAGAUUUUUGUAACAACAUAACACUGCACCUUCCAACAGCAUCACCAAAUGCCUCCAGACUCGGACCCAUGGCGCUGACCGUUGUUAUUACUGUGCCCAUUUGCCUCUUCUCCAUAGCUGCAAUGCUGACUGUAUGGACAUGCCAAGGUCGGCCGUGCACACACAGGAAGAAAAAGCGACAGAAUGUGGAGGAACCACUCUCUGAGUGCAAUCUAGUCAAUGCUGGAAAAACUCUUAAAGAUCUGAUUUAUGACGUGACCGCCUCAGGAUCUGGCUCUGGUCUACCUCUGUUGGUUCAAAGAACAAUUGCAAGGACGAUUGUACUUCAGGAAGUAGUAGGAAAAGGUAGAUUUGGUGAGGUGUGGCAUGGAAGAUGGUGUGGGGAAGAUGUGGCUGUGAAAAUAUUCUCCUCCAGAGAUGAAAGAUCUUGGUUUCGAGAGGCAGAAAUUUAUCAGACGGUUAUGCUGCGACAUGAGAACAUCCUUGGUUUCAUUGCUGCUGACAACAAAGAUAAUGGAACUUGGACUCAACUUUGGCUUGUAUCGGAAUAUCAUGAACAAGGCUCCUUAUAUGAUUAUUUGAAUAGAAACAUAGUGACAGUGGCUGGAAUGAUCAGACUGGCACUUUCAAUAGCUAGUGGUCUGGCCCACCUUCACAUGGAGAUUGUUGGUACACAAGGUAAACCUGCUAUUGCUCAUCGAGAUAUAAAAUCAAAGAAUAUCUUAGUGAAAAAUUGUGAAACUUGUGCCAUAGCGGACUUAGGGUUAGCUGUGAAGCAUGAUUCAGUUCUGAACACUAUUGACAUACCUCAGAAUCCUAAAGUGGGAACCAAGAGGUAUAUGGCCCCUGAAAUGCUUGAUGAUACCAUAAAUGUGAAUAUCUUUGAGUCCUUCAAACGUGCUGAUGUUUAUUCCACUGGUCUGGUUUACUGGGAAAUAGCCCGAAGGUGUUCAGUUGGAGGAAUUGUAGAGGACUACCAGUUGCCUUAUUAUGACAUGGUGCCUUCAGACCCCUCAUUAGAGGAAAUGAAGAAGGUUGUUUGUGACCAGAAGUUUCGACCAAGUAUCCCAAAUCAGUGGCAAAGCUGUGAAGCACUCCGAGUCAUGGGCAGAAUAAUGCGUGAAUGUUGGUAUGCCAGUGGAGCAGCUCGCCUAACUGCCCUCCGUAUUAAGAAGACUAUUUCUCAACUUUGUGUCAAGGAAGACUGCAAAGCCUAAUAAUAAUAGUGUUAGAAAGUAAUCUCUCAGAGCUUUCAUUCCCAUUUUCCCUCUUUAUGUGAAUGUUUUGCCUUUUUUUUUUUUUUUUUUUUGGUUCUACCUCAAAGAUAAUGCAGUAUAGUAUUUAAGUGCCAAAAGGCAGCAUGUAAAGAUAACUUUGAAGUUAAACAUGGG